AUGGCCGCGCUGCCGGGCCUCGCGCUCCUGCAGGUCCUGAGCGCGGGCCACGAGUUCGUCGCCAUGGACGCCGUGCCGCGCGGCGCCACCGUCUGCAACUCGUCGUCGAUGGACGUGCCCAUCGCCGAGUACUGCGUCGCCGCCGUCCUCGAGGCGCGCGUGCGGUGCCGGGUCCUCCACGACGCCAUGCGGGCCUCGCGGACCUGGCGGCCGCCCUUCUACGAGGCCGCGCCCGCGGCGUCCGCGUGCGUCCACGGCGAGCUCGAGGGCGCGGCCGUCGCCCUCGUGGGCUUCGGCGCCAUCGGCCGGGCCGUCGCCGCGCGCCUCGCCCCCUUCGGCUGCCGCCUCGACGUCGCGCGGUCCAAAACGACGGCGGCGGAGCUCGACGCGAUGCUCCAGCGCGCGGACGUCGUCGUGCUCGCCUGCGCGUGCAACGCGGCGACGGCGGGCCUCGUCGACGCGCGGCGCCUGGCGCUCAUGAAGCCGACGGCGACGCUCGUCAACGUGUCGCGGGGCGCCGUCGUCGACGAGGGCGCGCUCUUCGACGCGCUCGCGGCGAAGCGGCUCGCGCACGCGGUGGUCGACGUCUGGUGGCGCUACCCCGCGGGGCCCGCGGAGGCGCGCGCGGGCGCCGCGCCGGGCGCCCGGCCCUGGCACGACCUCGGCCGCGACGUGCUCACGAUGACGCCCCACGCGUCGGGCUGGUCCGACAAGCAGGACGCGCGCAAAUGCGCGCAGAUCGCCGACAACCUCGACCGCCUCGCCGCGGGGCGCGACCUCGCGCGCGUCGUCGGACCCUGA